AUGAAUCCGACUGUUCAAUUUUUUUUCCCUCGCGUCUACCUACUCAUAGCUCAUAACUUGACAGCUUUCACAGUAGUAGACUCGCCAGAAGCUCGCGAGGGUACAGCUAGCCCAACCACUCGAAAUGCUGCAUCAAGACCUUACCCAGUCCAUAGGCCGUCUGUAUCUCCUCCUUCUGCUAUCAAUGAAUUAAGUACCAGUGCAUCAACUUCCCGCGGUAGUGACGCUUCUGGGAAACGGAUUAAUCGACGCCAGUUCCCACUGUUGGCUGUAGCAACCCCUCUAUAUAAUAGCGCCUCUUCAUCCUUCCCAGAUACUGACUCCACGUUGCUUGAACGGGUAGAAACACCGAUCGCUUCAUCACCUUAUAUAUUGACCACAUCGUCUAGCACCCCACCACCUAUAGCUUAUAACAUCAACACUGCCCUUAAUAAUCCUAGAUACUCUUCUCCACGGAGCUUUUUGAUUGCUCUGUUUGGAGAUGCCGAUCCAUCACAAUUCCCUCCGACGCUGCUCCCAGGCACCGAUAUAAACAUGCACUUGGACGACAGUGAAAAUACAGCUCUACACUGGGCCGCUGCACUUGCUAAACUGCCAUUGGCACAAUACCUCAUAUCUCAUGGUGCAAGUCCCUCGGUACGUAAUCUAGCUGGUGAGACUCCCCUGAUGAGAGCUACCUUCUUGCCAGCUCCAUAUGAGUCCAAUGUAUUCGAACAGCUGGUGCCACUCUUGUCGGAAUCUAUAGCGUGUCAGGAUUAUAAACACAAGACUAUAUUACAUCAUGUAGUUUCAAGUGGUAAUUCGAGAAGUCGUGGUGGAAUGGCAAAGUAUUACUUUGACUCUAUCGUCAGAUACUUUUUGCAUGGGCCUGCCGAAUUGUUUGUGGAAGGUGAUCAGUAUAGAGCAGCUACACGAGCAGGAAUAGUAGACAAGAGGACUCAACAGAAACUCUGGAACCGCGACCGAAACAACUUUAAACGGAUGCUGGACUUUCAAGACAAGAACGGUGAUACAGCACUAAACAUUGCUUCUCGAGCUAGAGUAACUUUUGCAGCAGUCACACUCUUACGGUUGGGUGCUUCGAAAAAGAUCAAAAACAAGGCUGGCUUAUGCUCUCUGGAUUUUGGAAUUAACGAAUGUGAACAUGGUGGGGCCUUCCAGCCAAACCCAUCUGAAACACCAUGCCCAACCCAAUCCGAAAUAGAGGCUACAUUUGGCAAUCAUUCUAUAUUUACUGCAGAUGAUAUAUCAUGGGAAGUCGCUCCUGAAGACAGUCAUACUUGGUUAAUGGGUGACGCAUCAUCCUACAAUUUCCCAGAAACGAAUGCUACCGAGUAUUGGGAUACUUUGGCUGGUCUUGUUGCCGAUGACGAUGAAACAGCACUAGAAGACGUGGAUGCCGUUAUUGACGAUCAAGGUCACACUGCUCUGCAUUGGGCCGCAGCUCUAGGCAGAGAUAAUCUAGUAACUCUACUCAUUGAAAACGGUGCAUGCACAACCACCACCAACCACGUCGGUGAAACCCCCUUGAUGAGAGUCAUACGAGUCCCCAACACAUACGAAUCCGGUACAUCAUCAACCAUCAUCGCACUACUAGCCCCCACACUAUUAUGUCAAGAUAGAUUAGGCAAGACUGCUCUACACCAUCUCGUACACACAUGCGGGAUCCUGGGUCACGUAGCAGCUGCCCAUUCAUAUUUAUGUCACUUGUUACGCUUCGCUCCAGAUCUUGUAGCUCAAGCUAUCGACUGUACCGACGCAUGCGGGAAUACUCCGGUCCAGAUUGCUGAAAAGAUGGGCAAUGACGAGUUGGUGGUCGAGCUUGUCGCUGCUCGUCUUGCUGCGGUAUCACCAGUCAUGAAUAUAUCAAUUGCGGAUGCCAUUCCAAUUGUAAAAGGUGAAGUCGCACCAGCCACGCAACCGACAACAGGUACUGCCGCUACGCUCUCACCAACCGCUUUACAAGUCAAGACUGGACAACUUAUCAUGACCCCCUUGGAUAUGGGCAUGACUUGGAUAUCAGAUGAUGCUGACAAGAUUGCUGAGGCUGCUGAUGAACUGAGACGUUCACAGGCAUCUUCUUCAACAAAUCUCAUAAAAAUGGAUAUGGAAAUCCCUCAAAAGUCGCAACAACAGGAACCUAGCCGUGCUUUACACGCUGAUCUGUAG